AUGGUGAUUGAGGAGGAGGAGGAGGAGGUGGAUGUUGAUGAUGAGGAGGAGAAGGCGCCACAGGACAGCUUCUUCAACGUGGUUCCUGGCACGGCGCCGACAUUUGCCAUCUGGGUGAAAGCCGGCGUGAAGUUGGACGCGGCGACGUCACCUCUCCUCGUUAACGUUCAGUGCGUUGAUGACAGAUCGCCGGCGAAUAUCAUAACCGAAACGUUCACGGUUCCCUUACUUGAUAAGCCUCCGACGUUCGUUACGGGAAUUCCCGGCACAUCUCCGUCUAUUUCCGACUCGACCGUCACCGCGACGUCACUCGGUGUCUUCACCGUUACCGAUCCCGACACGACAUGCAGUAUUACGUCAUCGCUGACGUCAGUGUAUGAGAUCAGACCCGUGACGUCACCGGCAGAUCUUCAAAAGCCGGGUAUGGCGUCUUUUAAUAACGGAUUAAGUCUUCUCAAUAAUAAGUCAUUUUGUGGAGCACGCUUGAUAAAAGCUCGAUACAGAAAGUUCCAAGUGUGGGUCAGUGCCGCCGUUACACAAGCGUCUAUAGACUUCAAUGACCAGGCGGUUCCGUUGCCGUUGACGAUCACGUGUACGAAUGGAAACACCGCCAUCACGGGAACGUUCAACGUCAAUAUUGUCGACGAGCCUCCGGUGAUAUCAGUACUUCCGGCGAUCGGAACGGCUAUCAACGACGGUUUGCAGACGGUCGCCACAAUCCUCCACACGUUCAGCGUGACAGACAGCGAUGACGCCCCGCCGACUUUUGUCUCCGGCAUGCCCGGAAGUUCUGCGAGCAUCUCUGACGCCACUGUCACACAGACGUUGCUCGGGAAAUUCACAACUACAGACCCUGAUACAACUUGCUCUGUGACGUCACCCGUCGCCUCUGCAUAUGAGGUCAGGAAAGUGACGUCACCGGCGAAUCCUCAACAACCUGAGUUUGAAGUUUGGAUCAAAAUCACCGUAACUCAAGCAUCUAUCGACUUCAACGACCAGACCGUUCCGUUGCCGUUAACGAUAAAAUGUACUGACGGAUACGUCGCGAAUGAUAUCACGGGAACGUUUAACGUCAAUAUUGUCGACGAGCCCCCAGUGAUAACCUUACUACCCUCUACCGGAACUUCCAUCAACGAUGGUUUGCAGGCGGCCGCGGCGACCAUCCAUACGUUCAACGUCACCGACAGCGACGACGUUGUCACGUGCUCCACACGAGCGCCGGAAUCCACCUUUUUUGAAUUGGUAGCCGCAACUAGCCCUGCGAUCAGUAUCCGCGUGAAAGCAGGAGUGACGUUGGCUGCAGCUGUCAGUCCGUACGUCAUGAACGUUGAUUGCACAGAUGCCGUAACCGCCGUCAGUUCAACGUUCACCCAGCCAGUCCUUGAUAAGCCGCCUACAUUUGUAUCUGGGAUUCCUGAGAAUUCCCUUGACGUCUCAGACGACAACGUGAUUGCGACGGCACUGGGAAAGUUCACAACUUCGGACCCUGAUACCACGUGUCCUGUGACGUUACCUGUGACAACCGUCUAUGAGAUCAGAAAAGUGGCGUCACCGACCGAUCCCCAGAAACCGGAGUUUGAAGUGUGGAUCAGUAACGCCGUUACCCAGGCGUCUAUCGACUUCAAUGACCCGCCUGUUUCCCUUACGUUAACAAUCAAGUGCACUGACAGGAACGUUCUUAAUGACAUCACGGGGACGCUUAACGUCAACAUUGUCGACUCAUCGCCGGUUUUCACCGCACUGCCUGCGACCGGAACUAACAUUUCCGACGGUCUUAAGCACGCCACCGAGACCCUUCACACGUUCAGCGUCACCGAUAGCGACGACGCCGUUAACUGCUCUGCAAGAGUGCCGGAAAACGCCCUUUUUGAAGUGAUUGCCGGUGUCGCAUCAAGGUUUACAAUUAACGUAAAGGCGGGGGUAACGCUAAGAGCAGCGAACGGACCUUACGUCAUCAACGUCGACUGCUCAGAUGGCGACAAUGACGUCACUGCGAUGUUCACACAACCAGUGAUUGAUACGCCGCCGAGUUUUGUAUCCGGGAUCCCCGGAAGUUCCCCUAACGUCUCUGACUCCACUGUCACACAGAUGUUACUCGGGAAGUUUAUAACUACCGACCCGGAUACGGUGUGUUCUGUGACGUCACCAUCCACCACCGUGUAUGAGAUCAGAAAUGUGACGUCAUCGGUGAAUGUUUCUCAACCAGAAUUUGAACUCAGGAUCUCUAGCACCGUGACUGAAGCUGCCAUCGACUUCAACGACCAGGCCGUGCCGUUGACGUUAACGAUACGGUGUACUAACGGCAACCCCGUCAACGUCAUCACCGGGACUUUCAACGUCAAUAUCGUUGAUGAGGUACGUCUGUAG